GCAAGAUAUCCAUGAAAUCAUCUCUCUCGACGAUGUAACUUAUCACUUUUGCCAGCGUAUGCAUACAUCUACUUAGUUUUAGUAUAAUAGAUCCCAGCGUGGUUUUCUUUUAGCGUGCGCUUUGCCUUGGCUUGUCGCUAUGGCCCGAUCACUGGAUCCUAGCAGAGCUGCUUGGCUGUAUCCUCUUCGCGGUGUGUAUUAUUUUGCGUCGCAUCGCUUCCUUUGGCCCUUGUUCAAGACUCGUCUAAUUCCGAUCGUUUUGCUUUCGGCUUUUAUCUACGUGCUUUUGUUCCUCUUUACCUACUUACCCCAGGUCGCUUUUCUUUCUGUCUUCCAAGGCCGUGGUGCUUGGGUCAAUGGAGCGGUCCUGGUCUUGGGAGAAGGUGCUGCAAUCGUGGCCGCACUCUUCGAGGCAUUCUUUGUUGAUGAAACCCUGGUGGAUAUCUUCGAUGCCGUCCUAGUGAAUGAGGGACACGGGGAACUGGUCACCACUUCGCGGGUCCUAUAUCCGCAAGGCGACGAUGUCGUCAAACGGUUGGGCAAGCCGAUCCAUAGUGCCGUCUAUGCACCAUUCUCCCUGCGACAGAUCGUGGAGUUUGUUGUCCUCCUCCCUCUAAACUUUAUUCCUGUGGCCGGGACGCCCAUGUUUCUUCUGCUCACUGGCUAUCGAGCGGGUCCGUUUCACCACUGGCGCUACUUCCAACUGUUAGAUCUUUCAAAGCAGCAGAGAAAAGAGAAAAUCCGCCGUCGCCAGUUGCAGUAUACUACGUUUGGAACGGUUGCUCUGAUCCUUCAGUUGGUCCCGCCCUUGUCUAUGUUUUUCUUGAUGUCGACUGCUGUUGGUUCAGCACUCUGGGCCGUGGAUCUAGAGAACAAGCGCGAUCUGAUAGGAAGAGCGAGACGUGAUGAAGUGGACGAGUAUCAUGACGGCGAUACGAUAUAAACCUGUUUUGGCUAUAAUUGUUUCUUUUCUUUUUUGUUCUAGAUGUUUCAUCUUGUCUUGCCUUUUCUUUUUCUGUUCGCCAUACCGGGUCAGACGCAUAUAUAAGCUGUUACCUGAUUUGGACAGAAGACCGACUAAGUAUUUGUCAUCUAGUUUGGGUCUUUAGCUUCAUAGUCUGUACUCUAGACUAUUACCGUACUCCCAUUUAGAGUACGAGAUUGAGGGGUUUUCAAGGGAGCGUUCAGUCCCCACCGAUGAUCCACCACCUUUUUUUCUUGGAUUCGGUGACUUGAGAGGUGGCGGACCGGAACCCCUGAGCAUGCUAACGCAGCUAAGUCGAGGAUAGUAAACUUUGUUGACAUUCCCAUCGACUGAUUCAGCCAGUCAGUGCUCAAGCUUGGCUCCAGAAUCACCCCAUCCGUUAAUUUUUUCUUUGCAGAUAAGAAACCCUAAGGUGGGGAGGGUCCAGAGC